CCAAACAGACACACCCCCCUGCAAGCGAGCAUUCAAGCUAGCUACGACCGCUAGCUGCCUACGUCUUCUAGAGAGAUUCAACCGUCCAGAUACCAUCAUGUCCUCAAGAACUCUGCCUCUGCUAUUCAUUAACCUCGGCGGAGAAAUGCUGUACAUCCUGGACCAACGGCUUCGUGCUCAGAAUAUCCCCGCUGACAAAGCUAAGAAAGUUAUGAAUGACAUCAUCACCACCAUGUUCAACAAAAAGUUUCUCGAAGAGCUCUUCAAGCCGCAGGAGCUUUACUCCAAAAAAGCCCUGCGGACUGUGUUCGACAGGCUCGCCCAUGCCUCCAUAAUGAGACUCAAUCAAGCGAGCAUGGACAAGCUCUAUGACUUGAUGACCAUGGCUUUCAAGUACCAGGUGCUUCUCUGUCCUCGACCGAAGGACAUCCUGCUCGUCUCCUUCAACCACAUGGAUGCAAUCAAAGUCUUUGUGAAAGACACUCCCAGCAUUCUCGGCCAGGUUGAUGAGACAAACCGACAGCUCAUAGAGAUGUAUACAACCUUGUCUAGUGGAGACUUCCAGCUGAUCAGACAAACUCUCCUUAUCUUCUUCCAAGACAUGCAUAUAAGAGUGUCUAUUUUCCUCAAGGAUAAAGUGCAGAACUCUAAUGGCCGCUUUGUACUUCCCACCAGUGGUCCGGUGCCGUAUGGAACACAAGUCCCAUGCUUGAUAAGGAUGUUCAGCUGCAGUGGUGAAGAGGUGACCAGGCGGCAGUUCAGUAAUGGAGGAAACUACACCGCUGCUCUCCGGGAGGGAUCUUUCGAGAUAUUUGGAGACAGAGUCACCAAACUCGGGACAAACAUGUACAGUGUAAGCCGCCCAGUGGAAACCCACAUGUCAGGAACAUCUAAAAAUUCGGCUCAGCACGCUAAGGUCAACGUUGCUCCCAAUCCUCUAGCCAAAGAGGAGCUGAACCUGUUGGCCAUGUUAAUGGGAGGGUUAGAAGUUCAGAAGCCAGGAAAUGCAGACAACGGCUUCCGAGUCAACCUCUUCGCCACCGAUGAGGAAGAAGAAGAGGCAUUAAUAUCAAGACCAGAUGACCUUUCAUAUGGAGUCAUAAACAUCCAAGCAACGAAGGACCAGCAGGCCAAUGCAGAGCUGGCCAAGAUCAUGGGCGAGUUCACAGAGUCUGGAGAUCAAUCUCCCGGUUCCAGCAGCAAAGGAGACGACCUUCUGGCCAUGAUGGACGGGCUGUGACGUGGUCACGCUGACAGAAAUGCCCAGGCAGCGGGGAGCAACGCAUCGUCAACGGCAUGUUCGACUGAAGGCCAGUCUGCUUGUCUGUACCUGCAUAUUACACUGCAGAAACCUCACAUGCAGUUAGAAAUCCUUCCUCUUUGGGUGCUUUUUCAAAAUGCAGAUGUGAGCCGGUGUUUCCAUUGAUUGUCAAAUGACCAACUGCACAUUUGCAUAGUUAAGUUGCAAAGAAUGUGGUGAGCCCAGCUUUAAGCUGUAAGACACUGUAAUAUGAUGUUUGCGGUAAACUGAAAAGAGUUUCGGUGCAUCACAAUAUACAGUGGGCCGAUGUCGGUGUGUUGAACAUGUGUAUGUGUUAAUUGAAAAACUGUCUUUUUGGAGUUGGACUGCGCUCCUGUACACAAAAUACAUAUUUCUUUAAUUUCACGCAAUAUCAUUUAUCUUAAAUGUUAAUUAUACAUCUCAGUUUUAGUUGAUUUGAUUAUUUAUGGUCCGUAAUUCCAUGUCACACCAUGUUAACUUCUGCUGUAUUCUACUGAAGAAGUGACGAUAUUGUGGUGGAAUCGGAGGAAACCCAAGUGCUCUUUCUGAUGUGAUUUGAAUUUCCUCAAAUCUUUAUUUUGGUAAGAAAUAUGUUUAUCUUGCGUCACACUUCACGUCCAUAAAACAGUAUAAGGAGCCACUUGUAAGGCAUUUUUCGCUAUCCUGUGAUCUAUAGUCUGGACGUGUUUGUCUAAUAUGUAAAUAUAUUAAUUGCAUACUUUAUUUAUUUAAAUGUAUUAUUUUAUUUGUAGUAUUGCUACAGUUGGUAAAUUGUAAAAUGUGCUAUGUAGGAUUUUUAAUAAAUAGAUGAAUGUUCUUUUUUACACACAUUGUAUGGACUGUAUCUUCAGCUUUGCUACUGAUGCAAUGGAGUGUUAACAAUGGCGUGAACCUUGUAACAGCUUGUUGCAGUUUAACAGCUCUAACAAUAGAGGGAGCUGUCUGACCUUUAUAAUAAUAAUAAAUAAUAAAUCGUGUACUGCGUGUGGUCUGUCCAAAGUGACUACCACACAUUACUACAUUGCAUUUUAGUAUGCAGACAUGUAGUCUUUAAAAACAAAGCACUAGAUUUUU